CCCAGUAUGCCCGGCUGGUGGAGAUCGUGGGCCAGCAUGACCUAGGGGUGGGCAUCACGCUGGGAGCCCACCAGUCCAUCGGCUUCAAGGGGCUGCUACUCUACGGGACCCCCGCCCAGAAGAAGAAAUACCUGCCCCGCCUGGCCACCGGGGAGACGGUGGCGGCUUUUUGCCUGACGGAGCCGGGCAGCGGCUCGGACGCCGCCUCCAUCCGGACACGGGCGCAGCCCAGCCCCUGCGGCACCUUCUACACCCUGGACGGCAGCAAGAUCUGGAUCAGCAACGGGGGCCUGGCCGAGAUCUUCACGGUGUUCGCCAAGACGCCACUGCGGGAUGAGGGGACGGGAGAGACAAAGGAGAAGAUAACGGCGUUCAUCGUGGAGCGCGGCUUCGGGGGGGUCACCCACGGUGCCCCCGAGAAGAAGAUGGGGAUCCGGGCGUCCAACACAGCGGAGGUUCACUUCGAGGGGGUGCGGGUCCCGGCUGAGAACGUCCUGGGGGUGCCCGGGGGGGGCUUCAAGGUGGCCAUGAACAUCCUCAACAACGGCCGCUUCGGGAUGGCUGCCGCCAUGGCUGGCACCAUGCGGGGGGUCCUGGCCAAGGCUGUGAGUACCCACAGAUCCCCUAUGACUCCCAGACCCCUCUG